AUGGAUUUUGCCCCGUUUUCUCCCCAAGAUUUACCGCUGCUUACGCUGUUGGCGCCGGACCAGCUAGCCAGCCUCGAAAAGCAGCUCAGCACUGAAUUUUCCCAGUUGUCUCGAGAAUAUGUCAAAGUCCGUCAGCAAAGGGUUAGUCGAAUGCUUGAUAUGGUGAAUCAGGCGUUAAACCAAACCGUUGCCCACGAGCAGGAGUGGAACCAAUUUUGUCUGCGGGAAAGCGAAACAGCACUGGCCAUGAAAACACAUUUUGAGCGAGCAAUCCUCGAUAAUACCGUCAAUUUCGAUACUUUGGGGCUGUAUGAACGUGAGCUAAACCGCAUCAUCGCCAACUUGAAGCUGCCUCGGGACAUGGACCCUCUUCUCGAUGACAUAUCACAACAACCAGCAUCUGAGAUAGGAGGGUCAACACGAAAGCGAGUUAAACUACAACGUCCGCCAUUUCCCUACCUCUUUGACCAAGUAUUUGCGGCUCAUAAGCGGCUGAUACGAGCAGCGGAGAAUGAGAAAAGCUACCAGAUAAAUCUUGUCGAAGCUAAUGCCAAAGCCAACAAAGACAUCGUGUGGAUGCAAUACUACAGAGAAAUGUGCCGUUAUCGACGCGAGCUCAUUGAUGACACCGUGAGCGAGUUGUAUGAGCUCCACAAUCGAUAUCACGAUGUUAACUACCAUCAGCCAAAGCACGAAAAGGCUGUUCAGUAUUACCGGAGCAAACUCACUCCACGGCAUAUGGCGCGAUUACGUGAUCGGCCUGAACAUGAGGUUAUUGAACAGACGGCGACGGAGAGUGUUCGAGACCUUUUGGCCAGGUCACGAGAUCCUCACUACACUGAUUUGGAUAACGACUACGCGGCGAAAAACCCAGUGGAAAUACUGGAUAUCAGAAAUGCUAUCGCUACAACGGCACCAUUUGCUGGUGCCAAUCUUACCACUUGUGUUGGUCUCAGCGCCGACGAAAUCGAUGCUGAUAUGAAGUUGCUCAAAAGGGAUAAGGGUACUGUAGCAGGUAAGCGAGAGCUGAGGAGACAGCUGGAAGCGCUAUCCAUGCCGACAAGUCCUCAUCAGGUAGGAGAUCCACAAUCACUGCUGCCGGCUAAUCUUGACGCCGGCGAUGAUGAUGAUGACGACGACGAUGAUGACGACGAUGACGAAGACGACUACGACGAGACACCCAUACCUCCACGUCAGCUUGAGCUUAGACGUCAAUACCGUGAGCUUCUAGCGCUUCAACCGGGACCUACCCACCAACUUCUACCUCUCCCCGACAUCGACAUGGCAUCGCUACCGCUGCCGAACUUUGGGGUCAGCAGUUCUUGA